GGAGGGAAGUGAUAAAGCGCGGACCGGCUGCUGAUGGUCAGCUGAUGUGUCAAACAGAGUCCAGCCCUCACGCUUUGUUUUCUUGACGUUUAUUUGGACCAAAAGAGUUCUGGUCACUGUAUGAGUUGCUAAUGUAAUAUCUACUCGUUAUUCUGGUACACCUCUCUUCGAUAUUUGACGACGUUGUCUUUAGCGGAAGUGAAAAGAUGUAUCGAUUGACCGCUGUCAAACUGUUGACGUUUUCAUCGCUAAUGUGUUUCCUGAUGUUAUUAUCCGCAAAAACAUCAGAAGCUAAGAAUUCAGAAGACAUCCGGUGCAAAUGUAUCUGUCCACCUUAUAAGGACAUCGCUGGGCAGAUCUACAAUCAGAACGUUUCCUUGAAGGACUGUAAUUGCCUUCAUGUGGUGGAGCCGAUGCCCGUUGAAGGCAAAGAUGUGGAGGCAUACUGUUUACGCUGUGAAUGCAAAUAUGAAGAAAGGAGCUCUGGAACCAUCAAAGGCACCAUUAUAGCAUAUCUGUCUAUUCUGGGCCUUCUGUUACUGUAUAUGGUCUAUCUGACACUGUUGGAGCCUAUUUUAAAGAGAAGACUGUUUGGCCAUUCACAGCUCAUUCAGAGUGACGAUGAUGUUGGGGACCAGCAGCCCUUCGCCAAUGCCCAUGACGUGCUUUCCCGUUCUCGCUCUCGCUCCAACAUGCUAAACAAAGUGGAGCACGCUCAGCAGCGCUGGAAGAGGCAGGUCCAAGAACAGCGCAAAUCUGUCUUCGACCGUCACGUGGUGCUUAGCUAAAAGCCUUCACAGUCUGGACUGUUAUCCAUUGGUUCUGGUACUGUGUUAAAGGCGGGGUCUUUUCCAUCUCAUUGGUCUGCCUGAGCAACCUCCAGUGACUCCAGUGUGUACAU